ACGCUUCCCGCCGUUAUGUGCAGACGGACGGUUGCAGUCUAACCCUUGUGCCUAGGAAGGACUGGGGUGCUCGGCUUCCAAAGAGAACCCAACCCAUGUCCAACCCCGUGGACACCGUGGUUAUCCACCACACCCACAUACCAGCCAAGUGUCACACGUUGGGGAAGUGCAAGGAGGCUUUACGCUACAUACAGAACUUCCACAUGGACGAUAGAGGGUGGGACGACAUUGGCUACAGUUUUGCCAUCGGGAUGGAUCGUGUGUUCGAGGGUCGGGGCUGGAGUCGGGUUGGAGCUCACGCCCCUCCAUACAACUCUAGAAGCAUCGGUAUAGUCUUCAUCGGAGACUACACAGACGAGUUACCAUCAGAGGAUAUGUUGUGCCAAUGUCGUCAGCUGAUCAACUAUGGAGUCUCCCAAGGUUACAUACGACCUGACUAUCAGCUGAUUGGUCACAGGCAGGCGAGGUUUACAGAAUGUCCUGGAGAAAAUCUUUAUAAUCUCAUCCAAACAUGGAACCACUGGAAACCACUUCCUGUCGUCACUUCAUAGGCUCUUAAAUUGGAACAAAUACAUAUUUAUUACUUA